UUUGGUGGCAGAGAGGCGGCAGAGAAAAUUAAUACCGAAAGGUACGCCGCCUGUUCACUGAUCUAAAAAUGAACAACAGCUGAUUGAAAUGGAACUCAUGAAUGAAGAAGUACCAAAAACCAUUUCCAAAUCCCCGAAAAGUGGCAUGUCCACGGGUGGCAAAAUACUGAUAGCUGCUACGGGUGGUGUCGGCAUUGGGCUAUCGAUUGUGUGCGCCUCCUUUGUGGCUCCCGCAUUCCGGAGGAUUUGCUUGCCGUAUGUUCCAGCUACCACCGAGCAAAUACAGAAUGUCCUUAGCUUUCUGCCCAAAAACGCGGGCGGUAAACUGUUGGACAUUGGUUCCGGAGACGGGCGCAUCGUAGUGGCGGCGGCACAGCACCAUAAAGCUUUAAGGACAGACGGCGUUGAACUGAAUCCAUGGCUGGUCUAUUACUCCCGUCUGAAUGCACUACGACAUGGCGUCUCAAAGCAAACUAGAUUCUUUCGGCGGGAUCUCUGGAAGUUUGAUAUCAAAGACUACAACUUCGUUGUCAUUUUCGGCGUGGAGCAAAUGAUGCAAGACCUAGAGCACAAGCUGAUCGCUGAGUGUCCGCACAACACAAAGAUUAUUGCCUGUCGCUUCCCACUGCCCAACUUGGAGCAUGUAAGGAUAAUCGAGGAUGGAGUAAAUACAGUGUGGUUCUAUGACCUCAACAAAAGUUAGCGCAA